AUGGAUAUUAACGAAGGUACUACAGUAGAAGAUUUAUGGACCCCAUACAAGGAAUUAGUGGCAGUAGUGGAGGGGUACCUUGCUCAUGAAGGUGGAGGCGCCCCAUAUGCUGUGCACACAUUUGAGUCCGUUCUGAGAAGGCAUAAACAAACAUUUUUAUCACUUUUAAAAUAUCCUCCUAAAAAUCCAACAAGCAGAGAGGAGAUAAAAAGGGGUGUUACAGAAGGUGUGACACUGCCCAGUAUAGGAAGGACACUCUUAUCCAAGGAACUUGUUGAUGAGGCUAUUAUUAUAUCAGACAUGUACAAUGUGAACGAGUAUGUGUGUCUGGAGCUGCUGCACACGGCGCAGCGGCAGGCGCCGCGGCACCCGGCGCUGGCGCGCGGGCUGCUGGCCGUGCUGCUGCACCACGACGGCCGCCGCGCGCUCGUGCAGGCGCUGCGCGAGCUGCUCAUGGCGCGCGACGGAGUCUCCUGGUCAAUAAAUGCACGCGAAGAGAUAGUAAAUUACGUAACACGCUACGUAGAUCAGCUAAUAGCAGAUGGGUUGCUAGGCAACGUUCUAGACGCGCUUCGUCGCAGCUCCCUCGAGGCUGAGCUGGAGCUGUUGCAGAACAACCGCGCACUUCCGCCGGGCCGCCACCAUGUUCGACUUAUCACAACUAUCGAAACUACUAGAAAGUUACUUGCCGGUGUUAUAUUUGCAGCAUCUGCACAAAGAGGUCUCGACAGAGAUAUUCUUCUUAUGUUAUAUAGAGAACAAAUGACAUCUCCGUCACAUGGCCCCACUGGAGCUCUAGACGACAUAUCACUCGCGUUGCAAAUGGCACUGCUGUAUGCUUUAGACUUGUCCGUAUUACACAGACGUGAAGAUGGUGAAGAAUUGGCUAAAAAAUUACCGCUCAUCCAAGAUCCGGAUCUCAUUUCUGUUUUAUUAGACGAAUUGUCACCGCCCGCUAAUCAGACACAGGAAAGGCAAGAAAACGGUUCUGGGUUGAAAGCACUCUGCCAGUUGUCUCUGGGAUUGGCACUUGCAGCUUUAAAAAGAGCUCCACAAUCGAUUUUGAGAGGUUCAGGUACAGGGGAAAUCAAGAGUGAGCUACUAGACCAGGAUGAAGUUUUGGUUGAUGCAGCUAUUGAUGGAAAGGUGUUCGAGUAUUUAGAUGAAGCAAUUUUGUCGACGGAGCUGGUGGCGAAAGAGGAAUAUUAUCAGCGACGCAUCCAUUCACUUAUAACGGACUUCAUAGUUCUCAUGCAUUCCAAAUUAAUGGAGAUGAGAGUCAAAGCGGACGAGGCGGCGCGCGCCGUGCAGAUGUACGCGUCGGAGGGGCUGGCGCCGCCGGGCGGGCAGAGCGCCGGCCGCACGCAGCUGGGCGCGCUGCUGCGCUGCGUCGAGCGCCUGUACGCGCGCGCCCCGCUGCAGCUGCGCCGCGACUACUGGAGUGCCUGCGACGCCGCGCCUGCCGCCAUCAGGGCGGGCGGGCGCGCGGCGACGCUGUACAAGUUCGUGCGGCUGUCAGGCGAGGCGGUGUGCGCGGCGCUGCUGGCCGGCUACCUGCGCGCGCUGGCCGCGUUGGCCACGCCGCGCCACACCUGGGCGCUGCUGGCGCGCCGCGACGCGCUCUCUGCGCACCACCUCCUCACCGCGCUGCAGCUCUACUACCGAAACCUUCGAGCCGAUCCUGCUCCAUUCUCCGAUCAUCUGCACUCAUCUUCACUUGGUGCUUCUGCAAUAAUAACACCUGCUGCCAGACCCGGCAAGCUGCUAGUGAGACAAGAAGAGGUGGAAGCAAUGAUAGCAGCAUUGAAGCUUAUAACAGCAGUAGCCCGCGUGGAUGAAGCGGCUUGCUCUGCAAUUUGUGAAAACUUACAAUGGGACGCUGUUAACUGCAUGUUUGGUCUGAUAUGCUGCCACGUGCCGCUGCAGCUGAAGGCGCAGCUGUGCACCACGCUGGCGGCGCUGGGCGCGCGUGCAGCCACAGCGCCGCGCGUCUGGGCCGCUCUCGACGCUGCGCGCCUGGUGCACGUCGACCGGCGUGCGCUAGCCGCGGAGCUGCACGAGGGGGAGUGCCGCAUGGAGGAGUAUCCUCUGUCGCGGGCGUUCCUGUCGCUGCUGGAGUCGCUGUGCGCAGCAGCGCCGGUGCCGCGCGCGCUGGGCGCCGGUCUGCAGCCUUACGUGCAGUACGUGCUGCAGCGCAUCGCACUGCCCGCGCCCAACCGCCGCUACGCCGUGCCGCAUGAAAAGUGGCAGGUGCUGUCGCUGUGCUUUCGGCUGUUCGCGCGCUGGCUGGAGCAGUACGAGCCGUCGGCAUCUGACUUCCCGCCGGCCGGCCGCGAGGCGGAAACAGAGGCGCCGCCAGGCUUCUGCUUGCUGCUGCAGCUGCACACGGACUCCGAGCUGCUGCGGCUCGUGCUCACCAGCCUCGACCAAGCGAACCAGCUGCUGGACGAGAUGCCCGCUCCCGGCAAGGAGUACGUGGAGAGCGCGCUGUGCAGCGUGCUGGAGCUGCUGGAGCGCGCGCUGGCGCUGGAGCGCGCGCUGGGCGCCGCGGCCGCCCAAGCGCACGCCGGCCGCGCCGUUCUCAUCGUCGGCCUCUCCAAGUUGCUGCUCGCGCCGGAAGGGCCAGACAACUGCGACCGGCUGGUGGCGUGCUGCCGCGUGGUGGGGCGCAGCACUCUGCCCGGUGCUGCGCGGCGCGCGGUCUCGCUGCUGCGCCGGGCACUGCUCGCGCCGCACGCCGCGCGCCACCUGCUGGCCGCCGUCGCGCACCGCCGCGCGCUCGCCGCCGACCUCAGUGACAUGACUUGCUUUACGACCAGACACGGGUUCGUGGAGUGCCUGGAGGCGGAUGAGUGGUCGACGGGCAACGUGGGAAGCAUCGACGAGAGCGAGAAGCAGGCGGAGGAGGAAGGGCGCGCCGCCAAGGAGGGCGUGGUGCUGCUGCUGCUGCAGCUGCUGCCCGCUGCGCCGCCCAACUUCGCGCACUUCCUGCUGGGCUACCAGCUGCACGAUGACGUGUCGCGCAGCACGCUGCACGAAGCGGGCGCGGCGGGUGCUCCCCGCACCGUGCUGCACGCCGUGCUCGACCUGCUCGACGCACACAUCGCGCCGCACGCCCCCGAACGCGAGGCGAGCGCGCUGGUGGAGAGCUGCUACCGGCUGGUGUACUGGGUGUGCGCGCGCGCCGCUACCGCGCCGCCUGCGCUGCGCUUCCUGCGCUCCCGCGACUACUUCCUGGCGCGUCACGUCAAGGCCACCGUCAAUCUGGAGACGGCGUCGGUGACGACGCUGUCGGCGCGGUCGUGGGUGUUGCGCGCGUGCGCGUGUGAAGCGGGCGCGGCCGGCGGUUCGCGCCAGCACGCCGCGCUCGCCGCGCUGCUCGCCGCGCUUACGCGCACCGCGCACCACCCGGACCAGGAGUGGGAGUGGUGCGUGGUGCGGCGUGCGCUCGAGGGCGUGCCAGUGAGCGUGAGCGCGCCGCCCGAGCCGCGCUGGGAGCUGUUCCAUGCGCACCAGCUGCGCGCCGCCAUCGCCGACUGCGACCUGCCCACAGGGCUGGGAGGCAAACGCAUCAGUGUGAAUCGACUGCACGCAGUCUUGGCCCGUGAAUUAGCUUCAAUACGCACUAGCGCACCUCAAAGGAACCUCGUCGCGUUGGAAAUACAAAAGGUGCUGGAUUACGUAACAGAAGUAAAUAGGCAACGUAAUCUUGCCGCAACAAUCACCCAUUACUACGAUUCGUGGCGACAGCUCACAGAAAUCAUAUUUUGCGUCGCCCCACAGGACUUACUGAAUCUCGAGUCCAGAAAGAACCUACUAUUAAAUAUCCUCCAAGAUCUAUUGAACAAAAUCCCUCCAGCAGAAGUUCUACCCCAACUGGGAAACCUAGCAUCUGGAACAGUAUUAUUAUUGCUUGUUAAUUUACGACACUGUUAUAUAUUACAAAAGAGAGAAUCCAAUUUGAAUUCCUCAGAAUUUGAAACGACUUUCUUUGGUCCUUCGAACCAGAUAAUGCAAACAAAAUCUCUGACUCUUAAGUUUAUAUUGCAUAAGAUUUUAAGUUGGAUAUUGGUGUCAGGCGGCAGUACGCAGAAGAUGCGAGUCAAUUUAUACGGAGCGCUGUUGAAUUUUUUGAACAUAGUGAAUUUGAAAGUGAGUCCGGCGGAGCCCGAGGAAGAAAUAAUGACUGCGACAUAUGUGAGCCGCCUUGACAGUUCCAAAGGACGACAGAGUAAAGAGGAAUCCGCGUUGAAGGCAAUGGUUAUAGACGUUAUAAACGGUUUCGGGGAAAAGUUAUGUUCGAUAGUGUGUAGCGACUGCAUCGGGGCGGGACACGACGUCUGCAGGAUGGUGGCGCUGUCUUGCUUGGACACGCUCAUCGAAAUCAACCCGGGAACCGAUUGGAUGAACACACUCACCAAUCAGGGAUAUCUGAGGAGUCUGAUCGACAGCCUGCUGCAGGAUGACGAAGGGUUGUUAGAGGCCCUCGAGCCGAACCCGAAGUCGUUGCGCGUGGUGUACGUGUAUGAGUCGAAGCUGGCGCUGCUGAUCAAGAUCGCAGGCACACGUCUGGGCGCGGAGACGCUGCUGGCGCAGGGCGCGCUGGCCCGCCUAGCCGCCAUGCGCGCGCUGCACUGCCACCCUGACCUGCACGCUGCCACCGCUGCCACGUCUGCCACUGAGCGCGACACGCAGUUCGUGCCCUCCGUGCCCAACAGAUUUCGUCAGAUCCUGGUGCCAGCAUUGGCGCUGUGCGACGCUCUACUGACGUCUCUGGGCACGCAGAACCACAGCUGCGUCAUACACGUUACACAUUUCCUUAUUAGUCACGUGGAGUGUGUGGAUAUGGUGCUCAGGGCGGCUCAUCCGACGUCACCGGAGGGGCUGCUGGUGGAGCUGGAGGCGCUGACGUCAGUGAUAGCGCGCGCGUCGCACCGCGAGGUGCUGGCGCAGGUGUGCGCGGAGCCGACGCUGCAGCGCUGCGAAGCGGGCCUGCAGCGCCUGCGCUGGCUCAUGCUGGCGCUGCUGCCGCGCUUCCAGCAGCCGCCGCCCGCAACGCAAGACGCCACCGACGCGCGCCUCUACUGCAAGAUCGUGUGCAACUUGUUGGUGUAUGCUCUAAGUGCGUUGGAGAGCGAGGGUGGUUCACGUGAAGCGGUGGGAGCGGCGAGUGCUGCGCGCGUUCUUCUGCAGCACCUGGCGCGGCGCCACCGCCUGCUGGCCAAGCUGCUGGCCACCGUCACGCACCAGCUACACAGCGUGCCCGCCAUGACGCUCGACGACAUGAAGAAGUUACUGGGCGAGGAGACGCCGGCGAGCGCGUCGCCGGUAGAGGUGCGCGCAGGCGUGGUGUCGCUGCUGCGGGAGCGCGUGCGCACGCGGCGCCGCGAGCUGCAUUACUGCGCUGGAGCGCUGGCGGGCGCGCUGCAGCUGCUGUGGGCGCACGCGCGGACACACCUGCGCGGGGUGAGCGCAACGGAUAUGAUGAAAGGUGGAGAUGAGCUGCUGGAACUGCGCAAGGAAUUCGUGGCCCUCUUUAACGAUCGCUUUGUUGAAGAACUCCUGGAAACUGUCAAGAACGAGCCGCCAAUACAGCGAGGAUUCGUGGAAAUUCUCCUCAAAGACAUCAAGACAAUGAUACAGUUCUCGCCGCUCUAA